AAUGGCGGCGGCUGAGGCGGCGAUGGCGGCGCGGGAGGAGCCGCCGGGAACGGGAGCGGGAGCGGGGCCGGGCCCGGAGCAGCAGCAGCCGGGAGCCAUGGAGGAACCGGGAGCCAUGGAGGAACCGGGAGCCAUGGAGGGAGCGGGGCCGGCGGGGGAAGCGGGGCCCGCCGCGGUGACGGAUCCCGGAGCGGGGCCGGGCCCGGAGCGGCCCGAGCUGUGCUUUGAGGAGGAGGAGGUGCAGCACGAGGAGGAGCUGCUCCGGAACCCGUUCUCGGUGCGGGGCUGGCUCCGUUACGCGCAGGCCCGGCAGCGCGGGCCCCGCCCCCGCCUCAACCAGAUCUACGAGAGAGCCCUGAGGGAGCUGCCCGGCAGUUACAAGCUGUGGUAUCAGUACCUGCGGCAGCGCCGGGCCCAGGUCAAAGGUCGCUGUCCCUCUGACCCCGCCUUCGAGGAGGCCAACGCUGUGCACGAGAGAGCGCUGGUGUUCAUGCACAAGAUGCCGCGGAUCUGGCUGGAUUACUGCCAGUUCCUGGCCGAGCAGGGCCGGAUCACGCGGACGCGCCGGACGUUUGACCGGGCGCUGCGGGCACUGCCCAUCACGCAGCACCGGCGCCUCUGGCCGCCCUACCUGAGCUUCGUGCGGCGCCACCCCCUGCCCGAGACCGCUGUGCGCGUCUUCAGGCGGUUCCUCAAGCUGUGCCCCGAGGAGGCAGAGCAGUACGUGUCGUACCUGCGCUCCGUGGGCCGCCUGGACGAGGCCGCGCAGGUUCUGGCCCGGCUGGUGAACGAUGAGCGCUUCGUGUCCCGCCAGGGCAAGUCCAACUACCAGCUCUGGCAGGAGCUCUGUGAGCUGCUGUCCCAGCACCCCGACCGCGUGCGCUCGCUGGACGCCGGGGGCAUCAUCCGGGGGGGGCUCACGCGCUUCACCGACCAGCGGGGCCGGCUCUGGGGGGCGCUGGCCGACUGCUACGUGCGCUGCGGGCACCUGGAGAAGGCCCGGGAUGUGUACGAGGAGGCCGUGCAGACGGUGAUGACGGUGCGCGAUUUCACGCAGGUGUUCGACAGCUACGCGCGCUUCGAGGAGAGCGUGAUCGCCGCCCUGCUGGACACGCAGGCGCAGCUGGGGCAGGGCCAGGACGGUGAGAGGGACCCCAAAAACGGCCCGUUUUUCCCCCAGAAAGCCACGGCGCUCCCCUCCCGCCGGGCCGAGUACUUCGACAGCUCGGAGCCGGUGCAGAACCGGCUCUACAAAAACCUGAGGGUGUGGGCGAUGCUGGCAGACCUGGAGGAGAGCCUGGGCACCUUCCAGUCCACCCGCAGUGUGUACGAGCGCAUCCUGGACCUGCGCAUCGCCACCCCCCAGAUCGUCAUCAACUACGCGCUGCUGCUGGAGGAGCACGGGCGCUUCGAGGACAGCUUCAAGGCGUACGAGCGCGGCAUCGCGCUGUUCCGCUGGCCGCACGUCGGGGACCUGUGGCUCACGUACCUGUCCAAGUUCGUGGCCCGGUACGGCGGCCGCAAGCUGGAGCGCGCCCGGGACCUCUUCGAGCAGGCGCUGGACGGGUGCCCCCCCCAGCACGCCAAGACCAUCUACCUGCUGUACGCCCGCCUGGAGGAGCAGUUUGGGCUGGCCCGGCGCGCCAUGGCCGUGUACGAGCGGGGCACGCGGGCGGUGCCGCCCGAGCAGCAGCGCGACAUGUUCCACAUCUACAUCCGGCGGGCGGCCGAGCUCUUCGGGGUCACCCACACGCGCCCCAUCUACCAGCGGGCCAUCGAGGUGGGCACCUGGGCACACCUGGGUACACCUGGG